AUACAUCGGCUAUAUCAGACGAUGAAGUACCGAUUAGCAAGUGCAUGGAGUUUUCGAGUGAUGCUGAACACAAUCUCACCUGUUGUGUUCUUAUGCUAGAUAUUCUACUGCGCCAGAUGGAACUACAACAAAUAGAGAUGCAUUCCGGUAUUUAUACGACCGUUGCAGAAAACGUGUGUCGAUUGCUGAAAUGCAUGGUGACAGCAGCGAAUGUCGGAAUGGGCAAUCACAACUGCCGACUUAUGGACUGUGCAUAUUGUGAGACAUCAGUCAUGUGGCAUCAGCUUUCAGCAAAGUUGGUACAAUAUUUGGCCCCUAUUCAUCCUGUUAAUCCCCCAGAUCCCCCUUUACAGACUGUCGUCGAUGAUGAAAAAUCGCGCAAAACUCCACCAGAUCAGGAGAAAGAAACGAAACCUAGCGAUCGUGAUAUGUCGCUUUCUAUGGCUCCAUUACAUAUACCACUUGGCCCAUUAGGUCCAGUUUCAGUGGCAGUUCCACAACCAGAACCUCACUCGGUUGGUGGUGUAUUAGUACAUAUGCCGCAUGUUUGUUCUAUAAUGACUGCGACCGUAGAAACCGUUUCUGAGCAGUUGGACUUAGCUCCUAUUAUACCACCUGAAAAUGUGGUACCAGCUGUUGCCAGAUCUGUCACCUUAUCAGAUGCGGAUGUAGCUACCGCAACUGUGCAAAUUGCAAAACCUAACGUUAUCGGUGAAAAUAGCCCCGAAAGAGGUGGAUUAGAUUCGGAAAAUAUAGUAGGAUCUCAACUGUUUGAGGGAGACGAAGAGUUUUGGCAUACUUCAGUAGGCAAAUUUAAAUUCUCGAUUGAUACUCUCCCUCAAUCACUGCAGUUUAUCUACCAGCUCCUUAAAGAAAUUCCUUACAUCGACAAAGCAGAAAUUCUUUAUUAUGUUCUACAAUGCCUUAAAGUGAUGGUGCUGCAUGGUGACGCAUUCGUUAAAGCAACACGCGACAGCAGAGGAUUCUACAUAUGGUGUCAAGAGAAUAUGCUUAUUAAAAACUUAUGGGAUCUAUGCACUGCGGCCCAAUCACAUAUCUGUCAGGUUACGGUGCCAAUUUUACUACAUUGUAUAACGUUACCGAUGGGAUCGGACGUAUUCUGGAAGGUAGUACAAGAAGCGUUCCAUGAUGCAGACUGGCGAGUGCGUUUCGAAGCCGUAGAACGUGUGACAGUUAUUACUCGCUUCAUGGAUAGUACGCCUUUACGGGCAGAAGUCAGCUUGCAAACAUCCUUGGCAACAGCGUUUUGUCAUCUGAUCGCAGCUUGUGAUGAUCUAAAUGUCCAUGUUGCACAGCGUGCUACUCUUUAUCUUGGGACUAUUCACGAUAACGCUAUUCAGGCGCUUCUUUACUGCAUGGAGAGUCAGUUCGAUAAGUUUAUCAUCGAUCGACCAGUUGUGCUUCAGUCAAUAUAUCAACUUCAUAACUCUCUCUCUGAUCGCAAAGUUCUUACUUGGGAGUUUUUCCUUAACCGUUUCGAUACCUUGUUUGUAGAAGCCCAAGUGAAUUUGGAACGUGUCGGUGAUAUAUCUUAUCUACGUGAUCUGCGAAACAGCGAAAACGGUAGCGAGGUUCUUUCGACUAAAAUCAAUAAGGCGCGUGAAGCACUCAGUCAGUCAGAUACUAGCGGAAACAUGGCAAAAACAUUGAGCGCAUCUUUCGGCACUAAGUGGCCAUACAAACGCACAAUGUCGGCACCAGCUACUAUCAUCCCACGACAGGAGUCCAAAAUAGAAAAAGAAAAAAUUUAUAAUCGCCAGGUAUCUGCGCCAAUACUUAAACGAAAAAGCUCGCGUUUUGGCCUGGAAGGACACAUUCAUUCAAUCAACGGACCAAACGAUGAUUUUCAAAUGGGAAGCUUGUAUAGAGUGAUCGAUCUCGAAGAAGCAGACAAAGAAACCAUUCAUUUGCUAGUAUUUCUUCUUAUGCAAUUUCUGUCACGGCCAGACCUUGCAUAUCCAACAGAUGAGAAGCCGUUAUUCAAAGUUCAGUCUAUAGUAUUACGUCAUCUAUAUCUGCUGUUGGGUUAUAAUCAGGGAGAAAAGUUCUUCCAUUGUUCUCCUAUGCGAAUGCGAUCUUCAUCCGUAUUCAAUGCAUUUAUGACCAACUUACCGCAAGUGCUGGACCAAAACCAUCAAAUGGGUUGGCUGCUACUACCAACCGUGAUACAGCUACUAUUAUAUGCGCCCAAUCAGACGAACAAUGUGUUUUUACAACCAGGCACUGGAUCAGAAAUCCACCAUAAUGUAGUUACAUACAAUUUUUCCAUCUGGUAUCUAGAACCACACGUUCGCCGCAAUUGGUUGAUGUCUCUGCUGGUUAUUCUUUAUAAAUACCAGUAUAAUCAGGCCUCUUUGGCUGAUCAUGUCCAGAAUCUCGUACGGAUCGUUCUUAAUUCCCUCGAUGCACAGUUUCACAAGUGCCGACGAAUACCAACCACCAUUGUGGUCGACUACUCUGCAACUCGAUUGCGUAAUCAAAGUCAACCCUCACUUGGGACAACUUCAGAGCUCGACGACAAACGAUUAAACAGUAGUCCUCCUCAUAGUCCACUGCAGUCAGCCAUACUUGCUCUAUAUGGGAGUGAGGAACCUCCUCAUGGAAGUUCAUCGCGAAUGAAAAGUGUAAAAGUCGGUCGUAAAAAUCCCGAUGGAAGCUUUGAUGCAGAUGAUACUGAAUCUGAGCUAGUCGUCAUACCGGAGAGUGAUGUUUCCGACAGUACGCUACAGGAGAGUAGUGGUCAGGGCUCACUUGAGGAUACUGGAAGUAAUGAAGAGGAUUCGAAUCCAGUAACAGUUGGCACAGUUACUAGUGGUGGCAUUGAAGAGUUGGGCAAUUCCUACUGCAAGAACCCAACAACAAUCGGCGCGAUUCCAAAAUUAACAACCCAUUCGUUCCAGCAACAUUCGGCGAUAUUGCAGCAACGUGGCAAAAAAAAGAAAUCUUCGGGCUUAUUAUGCACAGAUCAAGCGGAUGCCUGCGAAAGAAAAAUCAACACAGAGAAGCGCGUUGCUAGUGCAACAGAGAAGGGAGAAAAAUCAGAAAGGACAAGUAGUACUAUCUUUAGGAUACCUACGGCCUUUCAAAUAAAUUCCCAAAAAUGCUCUGUGCAAGAAGGAGUCCGAAUGAUGGUGACAUCAUCCAUGCUUGGUCAGCCUAAAGCCCAGGCGAUAUUAAACCCUUUUGCUAACGUCCAGAAAGCCAUUGUAGUGACGCAAAAUACUAUUUCGAACGAAUUUAAUGGUUCGAGGAAGGAGGAAGGUUUGAUUUCUAUGCAUCCAUGUACCAGACCAGAGUCUACUUAUAAAACACCAGUUCAAAUUAACGAACUCUUAAUGUCGUCGAAGACGAAAAGAUCUUGCGAAAAAAUAGACUGCUUACCAACCGGAACAUCUAUAUUAUCCGACUCAAGCGUCGAGAUACAGCAAUGUUUAGAUACAACUUACUUACAGCAUAUACCUAUACCAACUCAAGAACGGCUGCUACCGAUUGGUCAGUAUGCAGCGGAACACGUAGAUGGAAUAACGACGGGCUUCAAUGAUUUAUCUGAUAUUGGAUCAGACAGUACGGCGAUCAAUUACCAUGUACGCGAAAUGUCAACGACUUCACCAAGAAAGCUUAUUAAGCAAAGUGCUCUCGAAUCUCCUCCUUACAACCGGGAUUUUAAUGAGAAUGGAAUUCACGACAGAAAUAAUGGAAAAUCUACACCGUACAGGGUAGACUCAAAUUUCACAAAACAGAUGGGUAAAGCACAGAAUGCUGGAAAGCAAACAAAACUUACGAAGGUGGUCAGUGCGAACCCAAAAGAUACGCGUAUUAAAUACGCUGGUUUAUGGGCACCAUCGGACAAGGACGAUUCAGAUGUUGAGGAUUUCGAAAAUUCUUCUUGCCCUGAAAAAUCGAAUAGUCUUCGUGUUGGCGACGAGAGUAUCUGUAAUCGUUGCUCUGAAUGUGGAGCCAUUAAAGAAGAAUACACAGAUGAAGAGAUGGGAAUUAUGUUAAUUGUUUUGAGCACCUUCAUUCACCGCGAACCUUCGCUAGGUGCGCCAUUAUUACCGGAAGUGUUAACAAUAGCCUCACGGAUUUCUUUACAUCCCACUUUUCCAUGGCGGUGCGAAAGUUUAACACAUUUACCGGGAGGCUCACAAUCUGUCGCUCAUCAGUUUGUCCGAUGUGUUCUACAUCAACUUGCACCAAAUGGUAUAUUUUAUCAGGUUUUUUUAACUCAAAAAGAUGAACCGACCCGUAAGCGAUUUUAUCGUAGCAUUGCAACAAGUUUGAACGACUUUUCUGAAUUAAAUCCCGCUAGCCCGAUUCAAAUGUUGGCAGAAACGCUAAAUGCAAAAAAAACACUUCCUGUUGAUUUGUUGUCCAUUAUAUUUCGUAAUUUGGCCGAAUAUCUACAAUGCGUCUCGGCGGACUGUAUGGCCGGUAGCAUAUGGUCACCGGUGGUGCAAUCCCUCGAUACAUUAUUACGCCGAGUAAUUCUGAUACUUCCUAAUAUGAAUGGAGCUGAACAUUUGUUAGAAAUAAUUGUAUGCCUGCUGAAGGUACCUCAGCUUUCAAAGCAUUGUAUAAUCGUUCUUCUUGAUAUCGUGCUAUUUCAGAAUAUCCUGGAACCGUUCUCAAAAAUAAUUAGUUACGCUAUACAAAAUUUGAGACUGUCACAAAAAGUCCUAAGUGAAAUUUGCAACUUCAGCGCUAGAGCAUUUGCUAAAGAACGCGACAAGCUUUAUCUUGGUCGACAAAUUAUAUUCGAUAUGAUACAAGCACUAAAGUUCAAAAUCAAUGUUCCGGAUAGCAACCUGCUACUUUUGGUUGGUGUUUUGCUUCAAGAUUCUGGAGGAAUCCUACCUCCAGGACUAAUUGGAGACUUUUCGGGUGAUACAUAUACGAAUACGAGUUGUAACAUAUCAGAUUGUAUGCGACAACCAUAUUUGAACGAUAUAUUAGAGUUUUUAGCGGAUUUUCAUACAUUGAGUAAAAUUAAGAAUUUAAGAGCAUCUGGCAGUAUACCGGGUCUCUGUGAGGAUACAAUUGGUGGUGUAUUAAAAGGAGCCAUUGCGCAGUAUCUAGCAUUGGAGAUGUCAAAGGGAAAUUCCAAGGAUAGCCGAACUGUUUCUAAAUAUCUCCCUUGGCUCAAUAACGCGCCGUCUUCUCUACAGCAAGGCCCUAAAGAGUUCACAGAAUGUGUUGGGCAUAUGCGGCUUCUAUCGUGGCUGCUGAUGGGUUCACUAACUAAUACAGCGCUAGUAGUGCAACGAAUGGACAUGACUGCGCCUCAUCAGCCACAUUUGCGAAGUGGUGCUAUCAUCAUACAGCCAGUGCCUCAAGAAGCUAGCUGCCACAUUGCCGAUCACGUGCAAGUUAUUUUUGCUGGUUUUGCGGAGCAAUCAAAAACAUCCGUGCUGCAUAUGUCAUCCCUAUUCCACGCAUUUACUUUGUGCCAACUAUGGACAGUAUACCUAGAACAAGUCGCUACACUGGCAGCGAUUUCAUCAGAGGCCUACCACACUACCCUCAGCGUGGUUUUUGAGUUUUGGGCUAAGGUAACACCAUGCAUCUUACAAUUAGUUUCUCAUUCAAAGCUUUCAGAAAGCGUGAACUUGCAUUUUUUGGGGCUACUAGAAUCGCUAAAAGAAACUAGAUCGACUGUUCUGGCAAAGUUACUACCCCUCUGGACACCAGUAUUAUCAUCAAACACACAACUUUCUGGAACACUCCAUGUGCGAUUGCAGAAUUGUAGAGACGCCGUACCAAAUCUCGAAGAGCAAGAGUAUCACGCAUCUGAGGCAUUACUAAAAUGGUUGCAGCGCUUGCAAUUCAAAAUGGGGCAAAUCGAACUCCAGUCAUCUACAGCUACUCAAUUCUAUUCUAUAUAAGUAAAUACUACUGCUGGACAACACUCAGUUAAUAAUUUGUAUUUCACAUCAUUCGGAAGAAUUAGGUUAAUAAAAUAAUAAAUGUACUUCACAUGUGCCGUAUACACCCAACCCCAACGUGUGCCCAACGAAUUUCACCGAACGCAGUCUGAGGCCCAAAUCGACCCUAUUGGCCUUUCCAUUCAUCAGAAAAGUCUUGGCUAAAUCACUAUCUAUUAGUCUAUAGCCUGUUGAGCGGCUGUCAUAGCAGGAAAUGGUAUACAGGAAAUGCUACUUUCAUCCUCUUGAAAGUGGCUAUUUUCGAAUUCCGUGUCGAAAGAAUUCCUCAUCUUCUGAAGUAAUCGGUCAACUAGCAAUUUUUCGAUUCUUUCAUAAUGAGUGAGUGAGGUGCAGCCAAAAAAUGUUUUCAGUUAUCAAACAAGUAGUAUUUAGGAUAACAAUCUUGUAUACAACGAAAGCGGUAACAUUUUAUAUUCGAAGUUUUCUGACAAGUUUUUCAUCGAUUUUCCAACAUGCGGUCGCGCAUUAUCAUGUUGAGUAUUACCACAUACCGGACACGCCGGUGAUCCGGCGCGACGGAAUCGGUGAAGGUAGCUCCGGUAACAACCGUGUCCCGACAGGAACUGCGCCAGGAAGAAGUCUACCUCACCGUGUGGCCUGCUGAGCCAUGGUUCCAGUUCCGGAAUGAGUCGGUGUGUCCACCGACCAUCGUUGGCUUGGUUCCAUUGCCUCUGCCACCGAGCUUACGAAUCUCUUCUGGUCGCUUCGCGCGCACCUCUAAUUCCCCUUCGUCGGCUGCACUCCAGGUCUUCGGCCAGGAUGAUGCCAAUGGGUAUCAUACUCGCUAUGACGCAAACUGCCUCCGACGAUAUAGUCCGGUAUGCACUUAUGACCCUCAUGGUCAUCAGUCGGUAUGUCCUGUUUAGCUUUGUGAGUUUGCCCGCGUGUGAGCCCAGCGCCGAACUCCACACCGGUCCUCCGUAUCUGAGUAUAGACGUCGAAACGUUGGCGUAAAGACGUCUUAUACUAAUGCGCGGUCCGUAGCUGUUCGGGAGGAUCCUGGAGAGCGCAUUGAUCGCUUUUGUAGCUUUCUCACAAGCGAAAUCCACGUGGCUGUUGAAGUUGAGCCGGUCGUCGAUCAUGACGCCAAGGUACUUCACUACCCAGGCCACUUCCAGCUUAAUCGACGCUACUCAACCACCAUAUCGAUAGCUUCGUUUGCUCGUCGUUGUGCGUCCUCUGCGGUGAUUUUCGCCGUCUUGCAACCCUCUGCCGUGUCAUAGAGGAGGACUCUGUCCUCGAAGUAACUCUUCAAGAUUCGGCACAGGUAUCCCGGUACCCGCAUACGGUGUAGCGCUUUCGCUAUUGCCUCCCAGCUAGCGCUGUUGAAGGCGUUGGCGAUAUCGAGCGUCACUACCCUGCAGAACCGGAAACCCGCCGGAAACCAGCUUCUGCCUCUUCCAUAUGUCCGGGAAGUGGCCUUCGGUCAGGAGCUUCUGCAUGACAACCCGGAACAUGUCGGGGGCCUCCUUGAUCGCGGUUUUCACUGCAACGUUCGGUAUACCAUCCGGUCCCGGCGCCUUAUUGCUUGGCAGCUUCUUCCCGAUUUCCAAAAUCUCCUUCUCCUCCUCGUUCGAAAUCAGAAUUUCUGCUGCGGUGCUCUCCUCGUAGUCCGCUGUCGAUUCGUGGGUCGGGAAAAGCUUCCCCACUAUCACUUCCAGCUUUACACUGACUCUAGCUGCCGCUGGCCCGCACACCUUCGCCAUCACUAUACGGUACGCGUCACCCCACGGUUUUUCAUUGGCUGCCGCGCACAUUUCCUUAAACGGCCCAUAGACGCUCAACUUUAUUUUUCAAUACUUGCAUCCAAGUUGAUUGACACCAAAAUAUUUAUCGUAUGAGGGCUACAUUGAGCUCCUGUAAAAACAUUGAAGAUUUUCAGCCAGCUGAAAAUAUAUUGAUGAGGCUGAAUAAUGGCGUCUUCUGUGGGCCACAUCAACUAACACGAUGCGUCUGUGGCCCUGAUUGAUGAAACAUUAAGGACUAUGCCCACAUAUGAGCAAUAAAAAUAAAAUUACAGUUCGACGCAAUUCUUGCAUCCAAAACAUUGAUAAAUAAAAUUGAGCGUCUAUGGGCCGCUUAAGGUCCCAUGAAACAAGGAGACAUGACAUAUUCACUAAGUGUAGAAGUAACCGCAGACAACGUUGUGUCGCGAUUGUGAUUAACCCCUGCUAAUAAAGAGAUCAACCCUGUCCAAUAUUGCAAAUACGAAAAAGCUUUAUUAGAACAUUUGAAGAUAAUUUUUUUUCAUGCGUUAACGAUUGAUAUUUUAUCAUUUACUAGACAUGCCUGCGUCUU